AUGCAAGAUGAGGGUCGCAAAGUUGAAAAGCUGAGUGUGCUAUGUGAGAUAAGUCUUAUGAGGAACCAUCUUGCUCUACAAAACGUUGCUAAUGUGCCCUAUCGGCUGAUACGCAAUGUGCUGAUGAAGUUGAAAGUUGAACACCUCUGCAAGCUAGAAGAAACAAAUUCAACUCUCAUAUUUGAGGACGAGGAAGUUUGGCUGGAAUUGCUCAAGAAAGAUUUCCCAUUGCAUGUUCAGGAAACGUUUGUACGCAAAAAGGAUGACAUAUGCCGAUUUUACCUAUCCUUCGUGGAGUCACAUAACCCAGCACUUCUAGAGGAUGAAGAGCUAAUUAAAAACCUUCUAAAGUAUGCGGUGCGAAAGGACCCGAAUACAUACAAGUAUAGAAUUCCCUCACGGAUGCUCUAUUUCAAAUAUCAAGAUGAGGUUUUGAGAAAACAAGAGCUAAGUACGAAGCGAUUACGACUUCGGAUGCAGGAGAUUCAGCAGGAAAAGCAGCGAAAUCAAAUAGUACCUUUGGAGGACCCCGUAUAUUGUGAAAAGAAAACAAAGCCUGUGAGGUCGUCGCUAGCCGAUCGGUCCGAUCUAUUCGUCAAAUCUUACAAAGAGCAUCAAAGACGCCAACUGCAUUUCAAGAGUGGUGGUUUUGACAUCACAAGGCGGCCUGUAAAGCGAGUUGCAUUCGGUGGUCAGGUCGGAACGGCUUUGCAUACAUCUCUUCCGUCCGCACCCGUGUCCCCUCCCCCCGCUUUCACUUCACCAAACAGUAAACUCACCACAUCUCCGACGGUACCCCAGAAGCGGCCAUCAAGCCCCUCGAAGGUUAAAAGGGUUCAACCACCUAGCAUAUUUCUCAAACGGCGGAAACCACAACUUCCUAUGGUGCCGAAAAAUAAGUCACCCGCUUCCACGGAACCAAAGAACAAGAAAACUGUCGUGGUUAAAAUGAACUCCGCUAAUACUAAUAAGAAGAAAUCCAGUAUAUUUAAAACCCCAUCUCCUCAGGAACAGAUCCUGAAGGACUCUGAGCAUCCAUCAAAAGCCUAUAUAUUCGAUUCUACUCAUCGUUAA